GUCUCACAAAGCUUGCGGGAAUUGGCUUUCUGUUCUCGCUAUCUCGCGGUUUGUAAGUCUCUAUUUUUAUCUGUCCUUUUCGAUUCCCGAACCAGCGAUCACCGACUUUAUCUCUCAAUACCUCGUUUUAUUUUUUAACCUCUCAAUUGGUAAGCCCUACCAACUCUCAAUUCUCUUAAUUUUCCCGUUCGAGAAAAUCCAUGUAUCGCUUAAUUUUUCACUAAUAUUUAUAGGGUUUUCCCUCUUCAUCUUUUGCUUUAAUUUCCACAAUUAUUGCCGAAAACUUUCGAGCUACAUAGGGGAAGUCGGGGAUAUUAUAGCUUUUGGUUCGGUUCUUUUUGAGUUUGUUUACUGCUUUUGUUUUAAGCUUAAUUUCGUUCUGAUUAUUUCCCCAGAAUCUGGGGUUUGAAAUUUUCUCGCCCCUUUUAAAUUUGGGCCCGAACGUGGUUUCUCAAGGGUUUAGGGUUUAUAUGUGAACAAAUUAGCUGGAAUUUCUUGAAUUGGGAGGCUUUCGGGUUUUAGAAAAUUAUACAUGGAUGCUGGGAGACAUGGGGGUUGUACUGAUUAUGAGUUUAGAGACAGAGACUCUGAUUUUGAGGCGACGAGGCAGGAAUUUGCUAAUUAUGAAGACUACGAGUUAUCUAGCGAAGGCGGCCGUGAAAUUGCAAGAGGUAGAGAUAGAGCUAAGGUUAGACUAAAGGAUAUUAAGGAGAGAGAAGUGGUAAAAGGUGGGUAUCGUUCCUCUUCGAGUAGUAGUGAUUCUGGUGGUAGUAGCGACGGCGGUAUUCAUGGCCUCAGGCAACAGAAGUUAUCUCAUAGGGUGGUAGAUAAGGAGCCUGGUGAGUUGUCCAGUGACAGUGGAUCAGAGGAUGCCAUUGAGUCUGAUUCAGUAGUUAAAGAUAGUGAGGUUGCGAAGGUAAUGGGGAAUGGGGCUCCGUCUCAUGUGGGAAGAAAGAGGAAGUUUUCUCCUAUAGUGUGGGAUAGAAGUGAUAAGGAUUUAAGUAUGUCCAAAAGUGGGAAUUCCCCUGCAGUUACAGUUGUUCGUCAUCCGCCACCGCACCCAAAAGCUUACCCCAGGUCACCUAAUGACAUCUCUGGUGGGACUGUACAUUUAUCUGGUGUUAUAGAAAGUAAAAGCGAGAAAUCACAUUCUCCUUCACCAGUUGCAGCUGAUGAAGCUGUUGGAUACUCUGCACUGCUGUCUCCUGAGCAUUUGGAAUUUUCACCACCAAAAGAGCAUGUUAAUUAUCAGGAUGCUUGGCAUCUAGAAGAUGAAGAUUACGUACCUGCUCGACAUCUAUCUUCCUCAAGAUGGGCAGCAGGUGGUAGCUCUCCAGGUGAUGAGGGAGAAAUUUUAGAAGAUGAGGAAAUGCCUAAGAAGAGAAAGAAAUUGCCUCUUUUAGAAUUAUCUCAUAACAGAUUACGGAAUAGGUCAGCCACUCCAGAGCUUGCAGAACUGAAGAUGGAGGGGUCUGAGGGAAUUAGAGCCAGAUCAUCUGAAUCUGAUGAACGGCAUUACAAGCCAGGAAUUGGGGAUGAUUACCCUGGGAAUGAUUCAGAGAAGGAUGACUUCAUGGAAGUUGACAUUAAACGUGAUAGAAAUGACAGCAGUCUUAGCCAGUCUGAUGCAGAUUCAGAGAAUGAGAAUAAUUCACAUGGGACACCACCAGAACAUCCAACACUUCCUUUAAGAAGUGUAAACAUGCUUCAGGGAUGUAGAUGUGUUGAUGAGUUCGAGAGGCUAAACAAGAUAGAUGAAGGUACUUAUGGUGUUGUAUUUAGAGCUAAGGACAAGAAAACUGGGGAAAUUGUGGCGUUGAAGAAGGUAAAGAUGGAGAAAGAAAGAGAAGGUUUUCCUUUGACCUCCCUGAGGGAAAUAAAUAUUCUUCUUUCAUCUCAUCACCCAUCAAUUGUAGAUGUUAAAGAAGUAGUUGUAGGGAGUAGCCUUGAUAGUAUUUUUAUGGUGAUGGAAUACAUGGAACAUGAUCUCAAAGCGCUGAUGGAGACAAUGAAACAACCGUUCAGCCAAAGUGAGGUUAAAUGCCUGAUGCUUCAGCUGCUGGAGGGUGUCAAGUAUCUUCAUGAUAACUGGGUUCUUCAUCGUGAUUUGAAGACAUCAAAUCUGCUUUUAAAUAACCAAGGUGAUUUGAAGAUUUGUGAUUUUGGAUUGGCUCGUCAAUAUGGAAGCCCAUUAAAACCAUAUACUCAUUUGGUUGUUACACUUUGGUACAGGGCACCUGAACUUCUUUUGGGAGCAAGACAAUAUUUCACUGCGAUUGACAUGUGGUCUUUGGGUUGUAUUAUGGCUGAACUACUAUCAAAAGAACCUCUUUUCAAUGGGAAAACUGAAUUUGAUCAACUUUACAAGAUUUUCAGAACCCUUGGCACACCAAAUGAGACAAUAUGGCCUGGUUUUUCCAAGUUACCUGGAGUCAAGGUCAAUUUUGUCAACCAUCAGUAUAACCUAUUGCGCAAGAAAUUUCCACCAACAUCGUUCACUGGAACGCCUGUACUCUCUGAUGCAGGAUUUGACUUGUUGAAUAAACUUCUUACUUAUGAUCCUGAGAAGCGGAUUACAGCUGAAGCUGCUCUUAACCAUGAAUGGUUUUUUGAAGUUCCUCUUCCGAAGACGAAAGCUUUCAUGCCCACUUUCCCGGCUCAACAUGCUGGUGACAGGCGCAUGAGAAGAAUGCUGAAGAGUCCAGAUCCUUUGGAAGAGCAACGUAGAAAGGAGUUGCAGCAAGGGGAAUUGGGGACUGGUGGUGUGUUUGGCUGAGAGAUAGUUCAUCCACCUGUGCCAUGUCACUUUCAUGUGUUAGUUUUUCUCGUUAUUGUUAGAUGUCCACGAUUGAGCAGGGACUGUCAUGAUCUGGCUGGAGAGAAGUGUUUUCCUCUUCAUGUGAACCAGAUGUUUGCAAUUAGUUUUCCAGCUUUAAUCUUCAUAUAGAACUACAUCUACACGGUUGGUAUCGCAAGGUGUGGCAUAUCAGCAUCUCUUUUUUAUAAAUCAAUUUCAGCUGAAACUUGUGUAACAUAUAUUUAAUUGGAACAGUGAUGUAAACUCUCGUUAUAGCUAGUUUUCAAUAUUAAAAUAAUAUGGAUUUCUUCCAUCUCAGUCCAAUGUUUUAAUAUUGACAUUGUGUUUGCAAGAGGUGGUUGGUGUGGAGGGGACAUUCUUCGCUUUUCAUUGACAAAGAAAUCGGUAGUAACCAUUGUACACAAAAGUCUCAAUGCUGGCAGGUUGAGGAGAUUACCUUCAUAUUGUGGAUUUUAUGUAAGUUCCAGUUGUUUCUUCAGGCACAGUAGAGGUACCAUACAAACUUUGGACUGUUACCGUAUCAUAGAUUAGCUUUUUCACUUUAAUAAUAUUUAUAUCUUCUAUCAACUUGUUCACAUUUAUAUUUCUAUCUUUUCUCGUAUACUAGGAGUUUUCAUUGUUUUAUGAUAUCAGUAAAUGCAUUCCAUCCUAUGUAAUCGUAACGAAAUGCAUU